CAUGGCAAACUGUAGCUGCUCUGGGUCUAGAGGGGAUGGCAAGUCCGCUUCACUAUACUCUCCAACAGUCUCCUCUCAUUCUGUCUGUGCUGUCGCUUUCUAACACCCUCCUCACAUCAGCAACACCCUUUCCCAGAAACAUUUAGCUAACACUUGCCGCUUAUCUCUCGUUUCCCCCCUCACCGUUGUCCACCAUAUGUUUGGUGUUGCAUGGAAAAGUUUCUGAGAGCUUCUUUCUUGGAGUGACAGCCUGCCGCAUCUUGUUGGGAGUCUGGGUGGUGAAGUCUGUUUUCCUCCCUUUUCUUUUUCCCUCACACUCACUGUGAACUGCUUUGACCCGUAUCUCCAUCCUGUCACCAGUGUUGAAGCAUCUGGUGGUAGCUACGUUAAUAACGCAGUCUGACCGGAGCGCUUUUCCUCAUUUCACCCUACCGAACCCGGGCAUGAUGCGAACCUGGAGGCGGCGGAAGAACUUUGGCUUGCUGAUCCUCGCUCUCCGAGUCUGGUGCCUGUCCACGGCAGCAAAACAUGCUGACAGCAUGGUUUACAACAUAGAGAGGGGAAGUAGUCCAGACAAGGCCGAACAGAGCGGGGAGGCAACCAGGCCGCAAACUUAUGAGACCGCCAUACCUCUGUUGCUGAAGGGCAAAGAGCGCAGACCUCUCAGCCAACUCACAUCUGGGAGAUAUCCUGCAUCGCUGCAGCUGCUGGUGCCCGCAGAAGGUGAACAGCUGAUCCUGUUGCUGGAGAAAAAUGAGGGUCUUUUUGCCAGCCAUUACACCGAGACACAUUACCGGGAGGAUGGAAGUGCAGUCACCGGUGCUCACAACUUCACGAAUCACUGCUACUACCACGGGGAAGUGCAGACGCAUCCCAGCUCUGACGUUACCCUCAGUGCCUGCUCAGGCCUUCGAGGCUUCAUCGCACUUGAAAACAAGACAUUUAUCAUCGAGCCUGUGUCUGGUGAUGACACCGGAGUUCACUUCAUUUACCGAGUGGAAGAGCUCAGACUGACCCCCGGAACAUGCGGCCACAGCUUCAACACGUCCUCAGUUGAAAACCACAUUGAAAGCCCCUUCAAGUCCUUCCACACAAGGCAUAAAAGGCAUGCUCAGAAGACAACCAAAUAUGUCGAGCUGAUCAUUGUUGCAGACAACAGAGAGUUUCAGAAACAAGGAAAGGACUUGGAGAAGGUGAAGCAGAGACUGGUAGAGAUAGCCAAUUAUGUGGACAAGUUCUACAGGGCCCUGAACAUCCGGGUGGCCCUUGUGGGUCUGGAGGUGUGGAGCGACUCUGAUAAAUGUCCCAUCACCCAAGAUCCCUUCACCACCCUGCACGAGUUCUUAGACUGGAGGAAAGUCAAACUGCUUCCCCAGAAACCUCACGACAAUGCUCAACUUAUAAGUGGGGUUUACUUCCAGGGCACCACCAUUGGCAUGGCACCCAUUAUGAGUAUGUGCACUGCUGAGCAGUCUGGAGGUAUUGUCAUGGAUCACUCCGACAACCCGCUGGGUGCAGCCGUGACUUUAGCACAUGAGCUGGGUCACAAUUUUGGCAUGAACCAUGACACCCCAGAGCGCGGCUGCGGCUGCAGGAUGACCGUUGAUCGCGGAGGCUGCAUCAUGACCCCCUCCACAGGGUAUCCCUUUCCAACCGUGUUCAGCACAUGCAGUAAGAAGGACCUUGCCGCCAGUCUGGAGAAAGGCGUGGGAAUGUGUUUGUACAACAUGCCCGAGGUCAAGGUGCUUUACGGAGGCCAAAAAUGCGGCAAUGGCUAUGUGGAGGAGGGAGAAGAGUGUGACUGCGGGGAGCCAGAGGAAUGCAUGAACCCGUGCUGCAAUGCCACCACAUGCACCCUGAAGGAAGAUGCUGUGUGUGCCCACGGACAGUGCUGUGAAGGCUGCAGACUCAAACCUGCUGGCACCCUUUGCCGGGAAACCAGUAACUCAUGUGACCUGCCAGAGUUCUGUACUGGUGCCAGCCCUCACUGCCCAGCCAACGUUUAUCUACAUGAUGGACAUGCCUGCCACAACGUUGACGGCUACUGCUACAAUGGCAUCUGCCAGACUCACGAGCAGCAAUGCAUCACUCUGUGGGGAGCAGGAGCAAAGCCCGCCCCUGGGAUCUGCUUUGAGAGAGUCAACUCUGCAGGCGAUCCUUACGGGAACUGCGGGAAGGACUCCAAAGGCUCCUUUGCCAAAUGUGAUGCAAGUGAUGCAAAGUGUGGUAAAAUCCAGUGCCAGGGUGGAGCCAACCGCCCAGUGAUCGGAACAAAUGCCGUUUCCAUUGAAACUAACAUCCCUCUGCAAGAAGGAGGACGUAUUCUGUGUCGAGGAACACAUGUUUACCUGGGCGAUGACAUGCCUGACCCUGGACUGGUGCUGGCUGGCACAAAGUGUGGAGACAACAUGGUGUGCCUGAAUCGGCAAUGCCAGAAUGUCAGCGUCUUUGGUGUGCAUGAGUGCUCGGGAAAGUGCAGUGGACGUGGGGUUUGCAACAACAAGAAGAACUGCCACUGUGAAGCACAUUGGGCACCGCCGUUUUGCGAGACAGCCGGCUUUGGUGGGAGCAUUGACAGCGGGCCAAUGAGAGCUGCAGAUGUGCGUGUGUGUGUAUUAAUGUGCGUGUUGUCAUAUAUGGCAUCAGCUGACAGCGUGCUGAUUACUGUGGCAAUCCUGGUCACCCUGGUGAGUCUAAUGGUAGCCACCGUAAUCAUCUUUCUGAAGAGGAAGACUCUGCUGCGCUUCCUCUUCACCAAUAAGAAGAGCACCUUGGAGAAACUCAGAUCCGUGGAAGCUACCAGGCCAACCAGCCCCAUCAGAAGCGAGUCCAUGUACAGACCCACACCGCAGCGCAAGCCUCCCCCCAAACCCUCCGGGGCUAACAUUUUUAAGCCAUCUCUCCUGAGUGCAGAGCCUCUUCUCCCACCGCACAACUUCCACUCUCACAGCCUGCGCAGACUGCCCCUCUACCAGCCCCUCCACAUCAGUCAGCCCAUGCCGGUGUCUCUCAGUGUGGGGCAGCCCACCCUGCCUCCUCUGCCAGCACACUACAAAGUCCUGCCGACGCACGCGUCCAGCUCCCCGCCACCUAGGGUGCAACCUUUUCUCAGCCUGCCACGCCAUCAGUCGUCAUACAGAGUGGACCAGGACUUUGAGAAACCCAGUCCACCCCAGAAGCCCCUACCUGCAGACCCACUUGGGAGGAGCUCUCGACUGGGUAACAGUGUCGCAACAGCAGGGGGGUACAUCCCCGGGAAAGCGGCCCUACCCAUACCUAUCCCCACUGUGCCAAGGCCUCCACCCUCCAUCCCUUUACCAAGCAGACCUGCACCGGCACUGCCAUACAGACCACCAAAGAUUCAAAAGGACUGUUGAGCUCUCAACUUCAUGGACAUGUAGAUCUCCGACUAAUAGAUGGAGACUUUCUUAAUUUGCACUAAUUUCUGAGACUCUGUUAGACCUUUGGGACAGUUGGAAGUGUCACAGAGUUCCCAGCAAAAACGGGGGCUAACAUCAAACCUUGAUGCUACGCCUCUAAAAGGUGCUUUGUCAUCCUUGCUCAGGUACCAGUGAACUAUUUAUCUAUUUAACUAUUUAACUAGGAUACUACCGGUUUGUGCAAAGAGGACUCUGAUGAGGGAUGAUUCUCUUCGUGGGAAACUCGAGGAAAAGACGAACGCGAGGCGUCAUUACGGACACUUCGUUUUUGCAUUCUGUGAUUGUUUUUAUACAUUUUCUUCUAAGCAAAAUGCUGAAAUAUAAAGUCUUUUUUAUAACUCGUCACGUUGCUUGAAUGAUCAAAGUGCAAAACAUUUUGUUUUUUGACUUGGAUGAUGAUAAAUGGAGAUAGAGGACGAGUCGGUAAGUAGUGGCGCAAUGUUAUUUCUCCAGUUUUUCAUUUUUUAUCACGUACUGAACACCAAAUAAGUCCUCUAUGUCCUUGUUGCUUCAGUGCUAAAAAAAAAUCUCCUAUUUUCGUGAAAAUACGGCUAUUUUCUUCAUGAAUCAUCUAAACGCUGGAUAAAAAGAAUUUGAUUCCCUUUUAAGACGUAGACUACAUUUUUAUUGUGGCAUUAAUCCGCUCACUUUACAGUCUGUGCACCAGGCUCUUUUAUUCCUUAUAAGUUCAUUUUUGCAGGAAAGUACAAAGAGGAAAGUAAUUUUCACACACCUCAGCCUGCCUCUGACAUACUGCUCGGGGCAUGCGUUGGACUCUAGACAUGUUUUCUCCUGAUACUGGCAAGUGCUGUGGAGUGUCAACAGACUUGACAGACUGACUGUGUUCCAGACAAUUACACCAACGCCGAAUGAUUCAACAUCAAUACUGGCGUUUGUACGUUUAACGUUUGCGCUCGCCUCGUCCUUGAGAGGGCGAGCCAAGCCGGAUGACUUCAGCGCCACAAGCUUUCCAGCGAGAUGUUUUACCGUAUCCGUCCUGUUCUUUUUGUUGCUUUCACAACAUUCCUUUUGGAGUUUCUAUGACUUCACUGUUGUCGAACGCCGAGCUCACUCACGCAUUCACAGCGGCGCUCAUUGCACCCCAGAGCAUGAGUCAGGCUCUUUUUCUUUUUUUUUCUCAGUGUUAGUUGUUGACUUGAGGGAUUCAAUUGUUAACUUCACAGCGCAACGUGUCAGUGUUUGCAUAAGGCAUUUUGUACUUGCAGUGUUUCCGAAUGCAGUGCUUGUUCAAUCGCUGCUGCAGAAUAACUGAAGCCAGUCACGCCCUGCAUACCUGCAUUGUGUUUUUGUAGUAUCUAAAUGAUGCUUUAUUUCCCUUGUUUUGGAUGUGUUCAGAUGUGUUCAACAGAGUCACCGCUCUGCUGGAAAAUAUGUCUUAUUGCUGUGUCAAUUAGCUGUUCAAUGUUUAUGCCAUCUGUAAAAACCUAAAUGUACUGUGUUUAUUAAAUUUUAAGUGUAACAUGUUUAAAAACCAUUGUAAAGUGUAAAUGUCAGUUUUUCUUUUUUUUUUUUUUUUUGUUUUCUUCUUCUUUUUUUAAAGCACAGAAAUGUAAAGAACUGCUUUGAGACGUUGCCACUAUUACACUAGGAGGUGAAAACAUGGUGUUGGACGAUUUCCAACGUUUUAAAAGAAUGACAAAGGUGUCAGGAUUACAUUUAAGCUGUGAGAAGACAUCAGAGCCAAUUAAAUGUCCCCUGUUUACAAGACGGUGUUUUAAUUUCAUUCAUACUUUGAUUUAUGACUAUAAGAAUGCAACACACCACAUUAAAAUCCACAAAGAAGCCACCAUGACCAAUAAGGACGAUGCAAUAAACCGACUGACCAACUAGCAACUGAACUGCCUUAACUUUUCAUGGCGUAGAUUCAGCAAGGUGCUGGAAACAUUUCUCAGGUAUUCUGAUCCAUAUUGACAUGAUAGCAUCGAACAGUUGCUGCAGAUUUGUCUGCUGAAAAUCCACAAAAUUAAUCUCCUGUUCCACCAUUUAAAAGUGCUCUAUUGGAUUGAGACCGUGGUACCUGCGGAGAACUUUUGAGUACACUGAACUCACUGUCAGGUUCAAGAAACCACUUUGAGAUGAUGUGAGCUUAACACGGCAUGGCGCAUUAACCUGCUGGGAGCAGCCAUCAGAAGACGGGUACACAGAGAUCAUAAAGGGAUGGACAUGGUCAACAGCAAUACUCAGGCAGGCUGUGGCAUUUAGGACCCAAAGUGUGCCAAGACAUUAAACCUCCACCAGCAGCAGUCUGAAGGGGUCAUAUGAGGCAGGAUUGAUCCAUGUUUUCAUGCUGUUUAUGCCAAAUUAUGUUCCUACCAUCCAAAUGUCACAGUAGAAAUUACAAGACUCAUUAGAACAGGAAACAUUUUGCCAUUUUUCUACUAUUGUACAAUUUUGGUGAGUCUGUGUAAACUGUAGCCUCAGUUUCCUGUUCUGAGCUGACAGGCGUGGUAACCGGUGCGGUGUUCUACUGCUAUAGCCUAUCUGCUUUA